AUGUCAAAUCUGAAUCCAGAAGAGUACGUCGACAUAUCGACCAUCGGCAUCGAUGCUGUUCCUGCGAAUUCCGCACCGCUGCCUUCUUCCAGCGACAAAGCCACCGUCAGCUACUGGCUAGCUACCAACCCGCACAACCUCCACGCUGCUACCAUCGAUCGUCUGCCUCCGAAUUCAGACGUCGUCAUCAUCGGUUCUGGUAUAACCGGUGUGUCCACCGCCUACCAUCUCGUCAAUGCAUCCGGCCCAUCCAUCAGCUCCAUCACCGUCAUCGAAGCGCGUGCUUUCUGUUCGGGUGCGACGGGCAGGAAUGGAGGGCACCUGACCGCCGCCUCUGCGUUGGCGUACACCGACCUUGCUGCCAAUCCGAACCAUCUCCUUGGAGCCAGGAUCCACAGUCUGAAUGCCGAGGAUGUCAAGGUUGAGGCUGCCAAAGUGGUGGAGGACAUCCUCGCGUUCGAGACCCAUACGGCGGAUGCUAUUCGCGAGAUCAUCAAGAAAGAGCAUGCAGAGGAGAAAGUAGGAUUCGCAGACGAGAAGAACUGGCAUCUCUGCUUUGAUCAGCGCGAGGAGGAUGCUUUCGAGCACUCGCUCGCACAGGCAGCUGAGCAUGCCGGGUUGCACAAGUACGUCGAUCAAGUUCGUCGUGUACCGAAGGACGAAGUCGAUCAGCGGAUGAAUAGCCCUGCAGGUAUCAAGGCGGUAUACGAGAUUCCAGGAGCAACCUUGCAUCCUCGCUCGCUCGUAACCAUCCUCUUCCAAAGCGCGCGAAGCAUCGCCGCCUCCAAAAACAUCGAACUCAAUCUGAUCACCGAUCUACCCGUCCUCAACAUCACCUCCUCACCAAGCGGCGAAAGCAUCUGCACUACAUCCCACGGAGAUAUCCGCGCAAAGUACGUCGUCCACUCCACCAACGGAUACGCCUCCCACCUCCUACCCCAUCUCAGCUCCAGCGACACUGGAAUCAUCCCGACGCGUGCACAGGUCGUCGCUGUCGCACCCACCUCUGGCGAGCACCUGUGGGGCAUGGGUCUGUCCGCCGGUGGAGGCUACGAGUACGGCCAUCAACGACCGUCCUCUGAAUCUGAUACCCCUCUGUACAUCUUCGGUGGAGGCAGAGAGUACGCCACGGGAAGAGAAUGGGGUGUGGCAGAUGAUACGACUGUCAACCCUGAGGUGUCGGAAUUCUUGCAUCCGUAUCUGGCCAAUGUUUUCCCUCAAAGUUAUGGGGAGGAUGUGAGGAGCGAGUGGACGGGGAUCAUGGGGUAUACGCGAAGCAAGGAUCCGCUGGUCGGGCCGGUACAAGCUGAAGGGAGAGCGGGGAAGGAGUACGUCGCAGCAGGGUAUAGCGGGCACGGUAUGACGAGGGCGUUUGGGUGUGCGGGCGUGGUGGCGGAUAUGAUUGUGGCGGAUGCGGGGACGGGAAGGUGGCGGAAGAGGGAGGGGUUCCCAGAGUGUUACCUUACUGAGGAGGCGAAGGCGCUCCUGAGUGGAACCAGUUUGGACAAGGAUGGAUAUACGGAUGGCGACAAAGAGAACGAUACCGGUCUGCCGGAGAAGGAUGCGCCUUCAGGCGGCGGCUGCUGCACCAUCGCAUAA